AGAGAGAGAGCAGCGGAUUUUCUCGCCCAGCUUUCGGAGGGAUCACAUGCUCCAGCGAUGGUCCCCGCCUCUCUCCUCCCGCCACCGCCCCCCUCCCCGGGUUCCGAGUGGUUGAGCCUGGAACUGCAAGGAAAUUGAAGAGAGCUGCAAGUAAUGUGGCAAAUCUGAGACGGGAGGAGCCUGCAGGGGGCAUUUUCAGACGAAUACAUACCACCCCUCUCUCCUUCUCCUCUCUCUCUCUCUCUUCCCACCCCCUUAGAUUUCGGAAAUUUGACAUCAGCUGAAGUCCUCACCCCAAAGCCCUUUCUCUGUCUUGUAUGUAAAGAAAGAAGAUUCUCAGUUCUGACAACUCAAGGUGCCUUUCACUGUUGCAAUCCCCACCCGUCCAAGAACUAUUGCUGUUUCCAGGUGAAGGGUGGGAGGGACGGCACUAUAAACUGACCUAACAUGAUCUUUUCAAAUGUCCCUUUAAGAAUCUCCACAGCGAAGCAGCAGCCCUAUGUCCCACCCGCCCAGCAGAUGGCACCGCCCAGUCCCAGCACCAACAGCAGCAGUAACAGCAGCAGCGUUGGAGGAGAGCAACUGAGUAAAACCAACCUUUACAUCCGUGGGCUUCACCCUGGUACGACCGACCAGGACCUUGUCAUGCUCUGCCAACCGUAUGGUAAAAUCGUCUCCACAAAGGCCAUUCUGGACAAGACAACCAACAAGUGCAAAGGCUAUGGGUUUGUGGAUUUCGAUAGUCCUGCUGCUGCACAGAAGGCAGUGUCUGCGUUGAAGUCCAGUGGGGUGCAGGCUCAGAUGGCAAAGCAACAAGAGCAGGACCCAACGAACCUGUACAUCUCCAACCUGCCACUAACUAUGGAUGAGCAGGAGCUCCAAAACAUGCUGAAACCUUUCGGUCAGGUGAUCUCCACCAGGAUACUGCGGGAUGCCAAUGGUACCAGCCGAGGUGUUGGCUUUGCCAGGAUGGAAUCAACAGAAAAAUGUGAAGCCAUCAUUGCUCACUUCAAUGGGAAAUUCAUUAAGAUGCAGCAAGGAGUUGCAGCUCCCUCAGAACCACUGCUGUGCAAAUUUGCAGAUGGUGGGCAGAAAAAGCGGCAAAACCAGAACAAGUACUUACAGAAUGGCCGGGCCUGGCCCCGAGAUGGAGAGCCGGGCGCAAUGACUCUUACGUAUGACCCAACAACCGCUCUGCAAAAUGAAUUUUAUUCUAGUCCAUACAGUAUUGCUCCAAACAGGAUGAUUGCACAGACAUCUAUCUCACCAUACAUCACCUCUCCCGUGUCUUCAUAUCAGGUCCAUAGCCCAUCCUGGAUGCACCAUCAGUCGUACCUUAUGCAGCCUAUGGGAACAGUAAUAACACCUACGAUGGACCACACCAUGUCUAUCCAGCCCACAUCGAUGAUGGGACCAUUAACCCAACAGCUUAGUCACCUGUCCCUGGGCAGCACAGGAACGGUAAGUGCUGCCUACACUGGUAGUGCUCUGGGAUCAUGGGGAAAAUACAUGCCUGCCACCACAGCAAUACAAGGGACAUACAUUCCUCAGUACAACCCAAUGCCUCCCUCCAACGUAUCUGUCGAGGAACCCAGUGGCCAGCAGCAGCAGGUUGCUAUGGAAACAUCCUCUGAACAUGCAACCUAUUCCUACCAGCACAGCAAGUAAAUCUGAGAUGUGAGAGUGAGAAGAUGAAUGAAUCAGCUCUCCUGAAUCGGUGUGAACCUGAAACCAGACUGCUCUGGAGGGGGUGGGAUGGGGGGAGGGGGGAGGGGGGGCAAAAACAACGAGAAAUUUUUGCACAAGAUUUGGGGAAAAAAUCACAAACGUUUUUCCUUUCAUUUGUAAGACAUUCAACAAAGGAAGAAAAAAAAACACAGCUAUUUUGAUAAACUUUCUACUUCAGUUAACCAGACAUACCAAAAUCGGUGGCAGAAUCUGUGGAAAAGAGGUUUAUUUUGAUACGGAAAGAGAGCUUAUUUUUUUGAAAGUGCAACUAUAGCAAAUCAUUAUUUAAGCAUUCUGAAACUGCUCAGAGUGAGAGAGGAGAAGAUUACACAUCAAAUGUCUUUUUAACCGUGAUUAGUUUUUUUUUGUUUUGUAAAAUAUCCAGGUUGAUUUGAGUUCAAACCUUCACUAGGUGGAGUCCAUGACCUUGUACAGUUACAACCUUAACAAUGAAUUGAUUGUCUGUUGCUGCCAUGACGAUGAUGUAGAGAUUAGUGCGGUUUCAAUUUUCUCCUUUUUAACAUCCUCUGUGGGAACACUAACAAAAAAACAAACAGACAACUUCAAAUUAUGGUUUCUCUUCAUCUGUGUUCUGACCUACACCUCCCCAAGCACCUUCCCUCCCGUUCCCACUUUACUUGGAAAAGAUUGUGGCUUUGGUUGAGUUGAAUUAGUUCCAGUCGAUGGCCCAUUUCACGUAUAGCUUCAAGGAUUGUUCCAAACAAUCAAAAUCAAAAAGUCAUACAGUGUGCAUGGAGACCUUUGACCCAUCAUCUCUGUGCUGGCUUUUUGAAAAAGUGAUUCAAAUUCUCCGUAUUUCCCUGCAAAUAUUUCCUUCAUUCCUCUUUCGAAAGUUCUGAUUGAAUCUGCUUCUACCACUCUUUCAGGCAGUAUGUGGACAUAUGUAAUAAAAUUCUCCUCGUCUCCCUCCUUCACUUCAAUACUGUAAAUUAGUGUCUAUGACUUUGAGAGAGCAAUGCCAAACGUGGUAAAAUAGGCCUACAGCUUGCACUUUCAUUAAUGCUUUUAGGAUGAGGUUUAUAAACCAGCACAAUAAUUUCGGAGCUAAUCAGAGAAAGAACCUCUUAGAGUGAUUUACCAGCCAAAAGUGUUCAUGAUUCAGCUGGAUGCUGUAAGGGGAGAGUUCAGCUGCUGGGGUCAUUUUAUAAAUGUGACUAUUAUUUGUCGUCAUUGAUUUUAAAGGGAGCUUGAGUGGCUUUGAGUCACAUAGUUCUCCCAAAAGCAUACCUUUGCUAUGCUCCCAUUAAAAGAUUUUUAAAAACUUGUAUAAAAAAAGAAAGCAAAGAUAAAACAGCCUGCUUGAUUAGCACUUGAUCCACCAUUUCCAACAUCCCCUCCCUCAAUAGCAGCAGUGUGUACUAUCUAUAGGAUGAAUUGCGGAAAUUCACCCAAGUUGAUUAGACAGCACCUUCCAAACCCACGACCACUUCCAUCUAGAAGGACAAAGGCAGUAGAUACAUGGGAACACAUAGGAAUUCCCCUCCAAGUCACUCAUUUUCCUGACUUGGAAAUAAAUCACCAUUCCUGUAGUGUUGCUGGGUCAAAAUCCUGGAACUCCCUCCCGUUGUGGGUCUCCCUGCAGCACAUGGACUGCAGCAGUUCAAUAAGGCAACUCACCCCCACCUUCUCAAGGGGCAAUAAAUGCUGGCCUAACCAGCAACACCACAUCUUGUGAAUGAAUAAAAAAAUGACAUUUGCCAUAUAGAAAGAACCACAUUUACUUGGAGUGAAUAGAUAUAAUUCCAGCACUAAAAACAUUUACAAUAUAUUGAUUCUCUCAAAUGAACGGGGCUAGGUCUUUUUGUGUUGUGUGUGGAAAGAAGCUUUUUAAAUGUGCAAGUAGCCCCAAGAUCAAGACAUUUGAGCUGACUGGGUAUUGGAAAGGCCAUCGAAGUACAUGAGAUCCUCUACCCAGGGUACAUGGCUGAAUAUUUAUCAGAUCCUCCCUCUAUCAUCUCACAGGAAAACUGACAGCUUCGCAAUGAUAUCUCACUGGUCCCAGUCCUCUCUUUCACCUGAUUUUAUCACCAUACCCUGAAUUGAAAGGUGCCAACUAAGCCUAAAUUAUUUUGCUAUCUGUGUGAAAACUCUGGUUGUGUGAGGAGAAAUCUCUAAUAUUAUGUGAAUUUUAUGUCAUUCAUUUGUGUCAGUUAAGACAAUGAGGAUGACAUGGCGCUUUAGGAGAAUCUAACAAAGUCCAGUUAGUUGAAAGGAUUCCUCAUUUGAUUUUGAAUGCCCCUGGUCACUUUCUAAAUGAUGAACAAAGGGAGUCUAACUGAGAGAUGGCUGACUGAUUAUGCAACAACUUCAAUUCAUUCACGUGCUGGCUUUGUUUCAUUGUGAGAUUUGCAAAUCUCAGGCAUUAUUAUGGUUAUCCUCCAUAUGUGUGUAAAACAGCUCACUCAUGCCCAUAGUGAGCCCACCUCCAGUCCUGCCCAGUCAACACCCACUGACACUUACCCUCAUGGGUAAAUAAGUCAAGGAUGCCAUACACAAACCCCUAUUGUCAGGACUCUCAGGUAAAUGGGAGUGUGUGUGAUAAGAAUGGUCACAAGAGGGAGCCCUUUCACUGUGUGGCCCUGUUCCAACUUGAUGCAUCCCACAGCUUCCAGAACAGUGAAGCUGAUCAAAAACAGCUGCAUUUUAAACUAGUUCAGAUUUGUUUUCAUUCAAAGAUGGCUGGUUCUCUAGAGGGAGUUUUGUUUUAAUAUGACAUCUAUUGAAAAACAUGCAUCUUGGAAGUGUCUUUGUGCUGGAUGUAGCCCAUUUGUAACACUGCCCAGGUGUCAGCUUGGCAGGUGGCAACUGUUGAAAGGUUGUGGGUUCAGGUCUCAUUCCCAUUAGAGCACAAGAUAAGGGCUGAAGCUUCACAGUAGACUUGGAACUGAAUGAUAAAAAUUUAUUGCAGCAGGAGGCCAUUUGGCCUUACUCUGUGUGCAUGUGCUGGAUCUUUGUUGUCUUUCAGAUGUUAACCCAAAAUCCUGUCUGCUUCUUAAAGUGGACACAAAAAAAUACCAUAGCACUAUUUGAAGUGCAAGGAAUUUUAGACUAUAUGUUGUAGGAGUAGAAGUAGGCCAUUCAGCCCAUCAAGUCAACUCUACCAAUCAAUGAUGUCACUGCUGCUCUGAUAAUCUUCAACUCCACUUUCCUGCCUUUUCUCUAUAACCCUUGAUUCCCUUCCUGAUUAAAAAUUUGUUUUAGCCUUGAAUCAUCGCUUGAAGAUGUCCUAAAUUUAAUCUCUCUCUAUCCUAUCAUGUAGAACACUAAAAUAGUGGUGAACUAGUUGAUCUAAACACGGCCUUUACCUUACAAUAACCUCUUGUAAUGUCCUCACUGAUUAUCAGUUAGUUAAUCCCAUAUCACUUGCUCUGAACACUCUCAACCUACCAACCAGGCAACAAAAAGCAAUGGCAUAACUGUCUUGUCUGAUUUUACCCUCCAUAAUCCUUCCCUACGGCUAAGAAUAUGGAGCUGAAUGAAGAUUGAGACAUUCAUUUCUCCCCCAUCUCCCUUCACCCUCGACGAUCAACAUAGCCAUCCGACCUAUGUUUCCCUUCUGAAGCGAUCUGUACCUGCAUGACAGUCAAGCUCAGUAAUCAUGUUAAGACAUCCAGCUGUUUCUUGAGUUUAUUUACCAGUAAUUGCUCAAGAAAUUAUGAGCAUUUGAGCCCUCAGUAAUUUUCUCUGAGCAGAAGGGAGCCAUUCAUAACACAGGCCUCGGAGUUCACUUGUGGCCUACAUUUUGGGCGGCACGGUGGCACAGUGGUUAGCACUGCUGCCUCACAGCGCUUGAGACCCGGGUUCAAUUCCCGCCUCAGGCAACUGACUGUGUGGAGUUUGCACGUUCUCCCCGUGUCUGCGUGGGUUUCCUCCCACAGUCCAAAGAUGUGCGGGUCAGGUGAAUUGGCCAAGCUAAAUUGCCCGUAGUGUUAGGUAAGGGGUAAAUGUAGGGGUAUGGGUGGGUUGCGCUUCGGCGGGUCGGUGUGGACUUGUUGGGCCGAAGGGCCUGUUUCCACACUGUAAAUCUAAUCUAAUCUCCUCAGUAGGCCACAGUUAUCAGUCAGUUUAUAGUGAGAUGUCGCUGGGUUGCAUACGAGUGAGGGGCUGAGGGAAACAAUGAAGUCAUUUUCAAAUGAAAAUAAAAAGUGAAGUGGGGACAGGAACUAGCUGAAUUGCUUCGCUCAGAAGGUGUAUAAACUGAUUGCUUGCCUGGACACUCAGACAGAUCUGUGGCCUCUGACAUAGAAAUGAGGGCCCGACAGUGAAAUCUGGGACAAAUGUGUUCUUGGCUUGCUGAAAUGAAUACAGCUCCUAACUUUGUACUCCCUCACACACCCACACUUCCAAAGUCAGUAUCUUGGGGAUUUGAUAACUAUUUCUGGAAGAUGUGCACAAAAAUAUAGAUAUUUUUUAGCAAUCAUGGAAAUUUUGUGUAAAACCACACAAAAGAACACUGAUGGAGAAACGGGUAACUUGAAGUUGUGUUCUGGAUUAUUUUCUUGGGUUUUUUUCUCUCUCUCUGCUACUUGCUGCGUUAAAUGAUUUUUUUGACCUAGAUUUAUUAGCUGGCUUUGAGAUGCGAAUAUAUUUACGUGUGUGUGUUUUUUUAAAAAAAGCUGCUGCAAUGCAUUGAACUGUCUUUUAAAGCUUUGCGGAAAAUUAGAGUGGGGAGGGUGGGCCAUUAGAGAUGGUGAUUUCUUCACUGUUUUAUCGCUGACCUUUGAAAACAAGAAAUGAAUUCAACUCUUAGUAGAAAUGAGAAAAAAAAUGUUUGCUUCAAAAUGAAAUGUUUCAACUGAACACUUUUAUAGAUUUUUUUUUAAAAAAACAGAUGUUUGGAGAGAGAGAGAGAGAGGAGAGGCAGAUGCAAUUUCUUUUUAGUAAAUCUAGAUGCCACAGCUUGUUUUUUUAAAAAAUUUGUUGAUAAGGGUAUGCUUUGUCAAUGUUACAGUUAUGUUGAGUUCUAUUUUGUGCUAAAGAUAGUCUUUAUUUGAAUUUUUUUGUUACUGAGAGUGGACACAUUUGUAAAGAGACUUUUUUUUUGUUUCCUUUAAUUUGUAAAGUGAAUGCUGUUCAUUAGUGUCGGUUAAGGCAUCAAUUUUGGAAGAAAAUGAUGUUUGCCACGUCUUAAGUGCGGUAAGCUAUAAAACUCCAAUCCAUUCCCCCUCCCUACAACUCCUGGUUGCUGUGUGGUAUUCUGUGCUGGCCCAGAAUGGGUUAUCCCAACUGAAGGAGGGUGGAUUCGGGCUGGGGGGAGGAUGGUUUUGAGAUUUAGGCAACUGGGCAGGAACAAGGCCUGGGAAAUGUCCUAGGCCAAAGGCUGAGUGUGUACAACAAGGGGUUCCUGGUAAGGAAUGAAGAGUCAGUUUUAACCAACCUUAUCCAGUAAUACAGUUCAAUUGGGACCGUCCAACUCAACUGGAUCAAAGAGGAAAAUUGAAUGAUUUAAAGCAAGUCUGCUCAGAUCUAUUCUCCCCGACCGCCUCAAAUUUCAGUCAGGCCGAGCUCUUCAUUUUGGGUAAAGUUACAGUCUCAAGGUGGAAUUUAUCAGCUUUCAAGAAGGCUGAGGAAAUGAAAGCUUCCCCCCAGUACAGGACACUUCUCUCAGUGCUGUCUGACCCAAUGGAGGUUUCCGUCAACAUCCACGGAGCAGGCCAACAUGUUCCUCUCCUCCUUCCAAAAUGCACAGGCAUGAACAAGGGGAAAUGCCCUGUGCAAUCUGACCUUCAUCUCAGAAUGGGGGAAGAGCUGUCCACUGUCAUCCAGCUAAAAUGGCAGCAUGGGACCCAUUCACAGUGCUCACUUCUGAGGCAUAAGAGAGCCAAGAGAAAGCACCAUGGGUGGAAGUGCAGAUGGAAAUUCCUCCCAGCCCUUGUCCCUUUUUUUCCCAGCACAUAGUUCUUGACCCUCCAAAUUCUGCCUUUGAGUUGUUGCAAACAAAUUUGUCUGAAAUUGGUGCCUGUGCUGCCUAGUUCCUAGUUAGAGACAAGACAACUGACUGGGUACUGUCAGAGAGUUUUAUUUACCAAAGAGUCUCAAUCCAUCCACCAGUCAUUGAAGAAGCUUUAUCUCCACUUUAUCGUGUUUGUUUUUGGACCUUACUGGACCAGCUUCACCUUGUGGUUCCUCUAGUUCCAGGUGCACCUUUUUGUACAGUAUGCCUUGCUGCUGGUUUCUUAUGGUUCAUUAUUGCAACCAUGAAAGAAUCUUUUCACUGUCCAUGCAACCACAUCUCUCUCACUCGCACACUCACUCACUCACUCACACACACCAAAAUGUAUUUUGAAACUAUGAAAUUACUGACUGAUAUGUGUGUUUCUGAAGCUUUUCUUGAAGUGUGGGGCAAUUGUAACCUGGCCCUGGCUCCUUGCUAUUGAAAACCAGGGAGGGAACAGUCUCUGUCAUACUCGCUAUCAAGUCCUUACACUCAGUCCUAUAAAUUGCAGAUCCUACUCUACUUUAGAAGCAAUAUAUCUGUGGUGAGUUCUGUGUAUGACCAGUUAUUGAUCUCUGAGCACAUAAAUCGAGACUGACACUUCGGUGCAGUCCUUGUCGGGGAGGAGGGGGUGCCUGUUAUUGGUCAGCAACAAGCAAAAAUCCCGCGUCCCUAUUUUGGAAAGAGUCAGGAACUCCCUCAGCAAUUUACUGCCCUUUCCCCCAGCCAAUGUCAUGAAAAGAAAGCAAAGGUGGCUUUGCCAGUUGUCUCACUCAGCUGCUAUUUGUGGGAGCUUGCUGUGCACAAAAAUGGCUGCCAUGUUAAAAUUGCACUCACUGAUCAGCAGUGUGCCAUUUUAUUGAGUUUCUAGAACUGCAUCCACCUUAGGAAGGCAGUCGUUGUCUUACGAAAAUGCUUUUUGUUAGCUGAUCAUUUUUGCUUCAGUGGAAGAUAGUUGAAGAUUCACUUUGGUUUUCCCCAUUCUUGGCCACAUGACCAAAGCAAUGUUGUUUUCUUUUUAAAUUUAGGGAACAGUCAUUGUUAGGAACAGCUACAGCUGACCGACCCAUCUACAGCCCAUUCUCCCUCACCCUGUCCAACCCAAGACUCAUGGCAUUUCUUCCUUCUUUCAUCAAAUCCACGGCCUUUCAAAACUGCUUUAACCAUAUACCAUCUCCUGAUUUAGGCCAUAUUUCCUCUGUUCCCUCAGCCUCAGUGGUGUCUUGUAUGAUUGUCUUUGACUUAAAUAAGAAAAUCUAAGUGCUGUUAUUGACUGCAAACAGAGGAUCAGUUUCCUCAACACCCCUCUCCAAGUUCGUGGCUGUUCACGAUCUCUGUUCUAUUUCCAAAUUACAGCAUGCUGCACACGUCACACGGGACAGGACUGAUCGAGAUAAAGACAAGGACAAAUUAUAGAUCUUUAUAUUACUAACCUAAUUCUUCAAAAUUGACUUGGUUCCGAUUAUUUCAUUCAAUUAUCUCAACUUUUCACUGAACUCAAACCUCCACCUUUUAUAAAUCAGAUACUGUCGCAUGUCCUUGGCAGUUUUGGGCCUAUAACAGGCCAUUACAGGCUCCCAAAUCUGGGUGCAUUCAUGAAAUUGUUUCUUGAUUUCACAUUUCUCUAAUUCUACUAGGAAUUUCAUAGUUUCAAAAGAUUAUCUGCUGCUGUUAAACCAUACGAGAGACCGUAGUGUAGAGUCUGAAUUUGACUCCUCGCAACUGUCUCCACCCGAUGACCACAGUGCAAAUGUAACUGCUUCUUGCUUCCAUGGUGUUAAGUUCCCCUCUCCACCACACCCAAAUGCAUGCUUUAACAAGGUGACAGAUACAAACUGCAGUAAAAAUCAGCAAAGUGACAAUUUGGUGGAAGUUUAUUACCAUUAUCAGGUUCUAAUGAUCUUCUUGUACCUAUGUGCUGCCAAAUUGUUAGUAAGUAGUGAGGGGACAUUGAAAUCGGGACUGGAGGAUUCAACUGAGAAAACUGGGCCUGGCAAGGCCUUCCCUAUCCAGAAACCAGAUUGGUUUAGGAGAUAUGUCUCACACAAAUGAUGACACUGGCACAGUUUGAUCAGAGUGAAUACCCUGUACCCCUUUCACAAGGAGUGAAUGUUGACCUCAGAAGGUGUCCCAAAGAAGGUUAACUUCUUGUCGAGGUAUUCAGGUCCUCAAGAAGCCAAGGUGACAACUUAACGCCAGGAUGGCACAUCCUCAAUUUCCUUUAAACCUGGGACCUUAAUGUUGAUUUUCCUGGCCCUCCUCACUUGUGCCCUUCCCAAGAAGUGGGCAGGGAAUGUGCUUAUAAGCCCUCAUUCUCAAGAGCCAGAAGCUAACAAGUACAUAAGACACACCUAAGAGUAAGUGUCUCAAGUUUUGCUCUGAAGUCUACCCUUCAUCUGUUAGUCUCCUUUUCAUCUGGCUAGGACCCUGCUGUGUAUUGGGAUCACGCCCCAUCGCUACUUAGCGGCAAAACCCGGCCAGACUCGCUCCUUUCUGAAAGUGAAUGUUCAGUGACACACAUCUAGUUUCCAUUGGCUUUCUCCACAGUUACUACUUAAGCCAAUUUGUCAAUGGUGCACACUUGUUUCAAUUACGAUUCAUCACAAAAUAGUGGGGAGGGUGGGGCAGAGGGAGUGAUUAAUGCCAACAGUGCCAAGAUUAAUGCCAAGAGGAGUGCCGAUGAGGGUGGGAGGGAGAGGAGUGUGGGAGAGUGAGUAAGUGUGAGGAAUGAGUGUGAGUAAAGGUGAGGAAUGAGUGUGAGUAAAAGUGAGGAAUGAGACUGAGUAAAUGUGAGGAAUGAAUGAGUAAAGGUGAGGAGAGUGAUUGGAGGAUGUGGGUGUGUGAAGACAGAGAGCAGGGAGCAUAGUGUAAAAUUAGCCAAUUAAAUCAUGCUUAUUGGAAUCUUGUCAUCAAAAUCUGGUUUGCAGAUAAAUCAGACAAAAUCCCCGAGGGCUGGGAAUUUGAAAUAAACAUAGAAAAUGGCUGGAAAUGAAAGGCCAGAGACUAUAUUGAGUCUUGUCUUUCACCAUUGAGUCUGUAUUUUCACAUAUAAAGCACGCAUUCUAAGGGCACAGAAACUGUUGGAACUUUAAAACAAAUCUACUCUUGCCAAACAUGAUCAUAGCAGGAGUAGUUUGAAAAGAUUGAGAGUUUACACACACACACACACACACACACACAUUCAGCAUUUCCUUUUGAAAACAUUCAUGUGGAAGACAUUGGAGGUUGUGCAUAGUGAAUUCACAAAUUGAUAGAAAUAGCUCAUUUUCCAAUGAGACACAAACUCCGGUGUAACAUUACCUUGGAAGCUACUGGUAUCUUUGUGUGAGGGUCACAUCGCCUCCAAAUGGAAGGCCUAUUCUUACAUUCUGCUUGUGGUAAAACAAUGUCACAAAGUUAUACUGCUACACUGGGUUGUGGUGGGGUGCGUGGGGGACAGGGAAGAGAGGGGAAGCAAAUGUUAUUCCGUGAGGAACUUGUUAGAAAUGUAAAGGAUUCUCAGAAUGAUCGGCACAUUCGGAUAAUGUGAUGUACUGCCUUUGUUUUGAGAAAAAAACUGUAUGGACUGAACAGAAAUUCUAUUAAAUGGAUUAUUUUUUUGUCAA